AAUUGUCAGAUAUCAAUUAAAAGCCGUUGUGGUGCACCUGUUGAUUUUCGGUUGUGGCUCUUCGGAAGAAUUUAUUUUUCCAGCUUCAAAUCCUCCACAAAUUCAAUUUGCAAUGACAGAAAAAUCAAACAAACAUCUAAUAACUCAAUCAAUGUUUGAUAAUCUAGAAUACGACAAAGACAUGGAAACAAGCAAUACCAAGUUGACCGCAAUGACCACCAACGUUACUAGUCCCUUGGCUAUGUUGAUAUUUCACACAUCUGACAUUGAUGCCGCAACUUAUCAUCUUGCAAAGUCUCUGGAUUCAAUGAAUUCCAAUUCAAUUCGAUGUGUAUUUGUCCAGGAAUCAUGUGCUGAACGUUUUAGUGCAAAACUAAAAUCCAAACUCAAAUCGUAUACCAAAGAAGAACUCCAAAGUUUACAAUUGAUUGAAUCUAUUGAGAAAGCCAAUGAAAUUGUUUCUAGAUUAAAUGCAAAGACAAUUUUACCAGAAACAUUGUCGGAAUAUGUUUUCCCUUUGGUUUGGGAUUUUCCACAGGAACAUUUUCAAAUUGAUGGCAAACCAUUGCCAGUUGUAUCUUUGUUUACUUUCCGAACAACAAAAGAGGCAAUUGGAAUGGUUAAAAAGGAAUCGAUUUGUAAAGGUGCAACAAUUUGGUGUGAGAAUCAAGCAAUGUCUUAUGAAGUAAUUGCAGAGACUCCACUUAAAGAUUAUUAUUUGAAUUGUUUUAAUGUUGAUUGGGCUCCAAUUCAACAAUAUAUUACUAAAGAACAACCAUUUGCAGUUGUUGAGAAAUCGUAUCAUUAUGAGACAUUGCAGGUGGCUGGUAAAAUGAAGAAUAUUGUAUUUCCAUAUGGGACGAGUUUUGCUAAUUAAAAUCUUGGAAAAUACUCAAUCUAUACCGAUCGAACCAGUUUUGAAGUAAAAUUUGCAUUUAUGAUUGUUAAAAUAAAGGUACUCAAUUAAUAUAUUUUUAUACCAAUGAAAAUA